AGGUCGUCCUUGCGAGAGAUCCAUGCUGAAGAUCGAGAAGCUGUCGGGGAAGGCGGCGCUGCACGCCACCGGCGAGACGGUGGGCAAGUGCGGCGCGGAGAGGACCAAGUCGAGCGCGCAGGAGAUCGCCGGCUACGGCAAGCACGAGGUCAGCAAGGUCACCAAGAGCGGGCAUGAUGUCGGGCACGGUUACAAGGUCGAGAACCUCCGCUACUACGGCGAGCUUAAGGGCUACGGGGGUGAUUACAAGGCUUACGGCAACGUGGACAAGCAACCAUCCGCUUCGUCCGGUGUGCUAGUGUCCGCGCACGAGAAGUCGCAUCUGCUCCACGUGCCCAUGCCCUGCGAGAAGGGCGACAAGUGUCACGGCAAAGGCUCGUCUGUCGCGUCGGAUCGUGCGCAGGGAUACGCUGGCCUGGCCAAGACAGGUCAGCAGCAGACGGAGAAGAGUCAUCACAGUGGCGAUCAUUACUACCAUCGAUCGUCGCACUCGAAGCCGCCGAGCGCGUAUCAGAUGUACCAGGGUGCCAAGUAUUCGUACAACGGGGUGCCCGGGACGCCAGCGCAAGCCAGCGCAGCCGCGGCUUUCUUCGCAAGGGCAGCGCAGAAAUUGAAUCUGUCGUCGAGUCCGCAUCGGAGACGACGCUCCGGCGACGAGAACAUCGGACCUGACGAGCUGCCCAUUUUUCCCAAUGGAUACGCGGCGCUCCUUCUCAAGUCACCACCUCCGGCACCACCCGCCCUACUCAGGAGGAUAGGCGUAAAGGAGCUCACGGGGGUCGGCAAGGUGAAAGUCAUGCUGAGAGUGUCGCCCGGAGACGGAGGCAGUUUCUUCAACGCGGAUAAGCGGAAGAAGCAGGUCACCCUGGUGGAUCCGGCAUCCGGUCAAUCCUCAUCGGCGGAGGAUCGUCGGCCGACCGUGGCGGCGCCCAAGAUGUUCGCGUUUGACGCGAUAUUCACCGAGGAAGACUCCCAGACCGAGAUCUGUUCGAGCGCUCUGACGGAUGUGAUUCACGCGGUCAUCAACGGGACCGAUGGUUGCCUGUUUUGCUUCGGACACGCUGGUUUGGGCAAGUCGCACACCAUGCUAGGCACACCGGAGGCUGGUCACACACUGGGUGCAAUCCCUUGCGCCAUAGCGUGGCUCUUCCGUGGGAUAUCCGAGCAACGCCAGCGAACCGGCGCCAGGUUCAGUGUACGGGUCAGCUGCGUGGAAUUGACCACCGGCCAGCAACAACUGAGAGACCUGCUUGCGGCGCACGCGAACGACUCGGAACAGUCGCCGGCCGUGUAUCUCAGAGACGAUCCGCUGUUCGGCACCCUUCAACUGCAGCAGCACAGCGAGCUCCGCGCACCCACGGCGGAACGUGCGGCCUUCUACCUCGACGCGGCGGUCGCCGGUCGUCAACGAGAGGAUAGCGACGCUCACAUGCUCUACACGUUGCAUGUGUAUCAGUACAGCGUCGCCGGCAAGGGUGGAGUCGCCGGGGGUAGAAGCCGACUGCACCUGAUGGACUUGGGCAACUCGGAGCGCGGCAAAUCCUCGGGCGGAAUCCCCUUAUCUGGCCUGGGCAACAUCCUGCUCGCAAUCUUCAAUGGUCAGAAGCACCUGCCGUACAAGGAGCAUAAACUCACUCAACUGCUGAAGGAAUGUCUCGGCUCCUUGACCUGCCAUGCGGCUAUGAUAGCCCACGUGUCGCCCAACGCUCAGCACUAUACCGAGACGCUAACCACCGUGCAACUAGCGUCGAGAAUCCACCGAAUGCGACGACGGAAGAUCAAGUUCGUUGGCGGUGGCACGCAGGGUGCCGGAAGCGGUGGGAGUUCCGGCGAGGAGGCGGCACGGCAGAACAGCGAGUGCGAUCCGAGCUCGAGCGAUCUGUCGGCCGAUACGGUGAUCUACGUUGGACCAAGCGCUGAUGACGCCACUGAUGGCGAGCACCCGCCCGUCUACAUACCCAGCUUGAAUUCAGGAGACAAUCGUUGCGCGAUGGGUAGAGUGCUUCGCGGUUCUGCUGCUGAGAGACCGAGUAAGAUUCCGGAAGAGCGCAGCCCGGCCCACAAGUCCUCGAAGACGGUGAAAACGCUGACGCAGACCGCGUCGAAGCAGACCUCGCCGGCGCACAGCGUGACGCCGAAAGCGAGUCCGGCCAGGAAGAACUCGUCGUCCAAGAGCGCCUCGGCUGCCAAAGUGAACGAUUCGCCCGGUAGCAAGAUCCCUGUGGCCGCGCCGAGCGGUGGAUCCGAUGAGCAGUGGAUAGACGGACCGAGGAUCUCCAAGUCGAAGGUCGCGGAGGCGAGGCACAUGUUGAAGGACUCACAUCACAAGCGCGAAACGUGGAUCGACGGGCCGAUGCAGCUGAGCGGUGCGCCGGCGUUGCAGCUGCACGCGCAACAGCAUCAGCACGCGUCGGCCGGCUACGGGUUCAUGGACAGUCACAAGAAGAGUAUGAUCAGGAAAUGGGUGGAGAACCAGUCGUCGCAGAUACAGCGAGCGAAGCACGCCGCGCCGCGGCUGGAAAAGAUGUCUUCGGGCCAGUCGUCUGGCCAGUUCAAAGAACUUACACAGUUUAAAACCUGCGGCGGCAUGGACGACGACGACACGUCGCUGUCGACUGCCGAGAGCGACAGCCUGAAGGCGAACGAGAUCGAAGACAUCACCGAGAAACUGAGCGCCAAACUGAACCUACUGAACGUCAAGUCCAACACGGACUCUGGAUUAGAUCUGACAGCCAGUCCGGUGAUGGAUGAUAGUGUCGACAAGGGAAAGCUUGACCUGCCGGAUGAUGAGGACGACGAUGAAGAAAUUGUCGUACCUCCACCGUUGCCACUGAUUGAACCACUCAGCAAUGGCGUGAGUCGAGAGGUGUCCAUGGAAAGUCUAAAUCUAUCGCACAAGGACAUCGUCCUGCCCUCGAGGCACUCGUUAUCCUCCGAGGACGAGAUUUUGGAGAUUGUCGAGGUGGAGGACCUGGAGCCGGUACCUAUGCAGGAUUCGUGUCUACAGGUGACUGAGGAGGACAUUGCGCUCUGCAUGGGUGAAAAUCCUCUGCCCGAGAGCGAUCAGGAGGAACAUCCUUUGAGGAUUCUCAGCCAAGAGAAUCUCACUGUAGUAUCGACUUUCACAGACUCCAUGUCGGUGAUGUCGGAUACGGAGAGAUACAGGGCGCACUACGCACCGCCGGUUAGCGCGGGUGUACUUCCAAGGCCGUACUUUGAUCACGAGGACUUUCUCGAGCAAGAAACCAGGCACAAGUUCGAUCAGCUAGCCCGCCUCCACGAAUUGUACCAAAGCAAGCUCGCGCUCGCCAACGUCUCCAACUCGGUGACUUAUCAGAGGGAAAAUUCAUCCACUGUCAACGUGCGAGACGCUCCAUCAGCGACCGUCUUCCGUCCGCCGUCUCGCUGUCAGUCCUUGUCUCUUUCGGAUGUCUUGUUCAACGACAAUGCGAGCAAUCAUGGCAGCAUCUACAGCGAACCCGCAUACAUAGCCGGCAAGCCCGAUCAGGAGAAGAUCUGCGAUAAUUGCCGUCAGAGCAUGUCCAGACCCGCCACAGCCUCGUAUUGGUAUCCCAGCAGCGUCGCCCAUCUCGCCAGUCCCAGAAGAUACUGCGGUAAGCUGGGUGAGUGCAACAUCUCUAGUCUGAGGCACCCGGACGGCGCCUCGAAUCCCAAUCUCAAGGAAGAGAUCGAGAGGAUACCCGGAAACGGCGCGUCCGGCUCGGACCCCGAAGAGGAGUACAUAGAGGCGAAGAAGCUGUUUACAGCCGCCGAGAGAUCCGAGCGAACGGUCACAGGAAAGUCUGACUUUGAAGAAGACUUGAAAAUCCAAGGUGGCACACCCCUGCAAUUGCCAAUGCCUUCUCCGACGCCGUCCUCUGGACGGAUGCAACGGAAGAUCCUUAGCCUCGGCUCCUCGUUCGGAAUAAACAAAGAAGGCUCCGAUUCCGGAGCAGACACAACACCACGCGCAGCUACCAAACUGUCGCCAGCUACGCUGUCCAGACAUCGCGCUGAGAGCUCCGGCUACGACAGCAUCGUUAGGGACAGCGAAACCAGCAGCAUCGCCAGCGACUCGUCCCGGCAGACCGGAGCGUUGCAAGAACAUCAAAGUGAGUAUCGAGCAUCUGACUUCGACUGACCAUGUUUGAAAAAACAUUUUGGCGAAAACGUAACUGAGAUCGCGAAGCAUAAAGUCUAUUCUUCCAAAAUGGAAUCGAUACACAUCUAACAAAAUUACUUACACUAAAAAUAGAACGUAGAGAACUGCUUCGAAACCGAUUCGGUUCCUUAUACGAAUACGAAUUAAUAAAUAAAAUUAAGAAUAGAAGAAAUAAAAAAAAUAUGAAUUAAUCAGUUGAUUAAUUAUGUCACUCGUAUGACAAUUAUCACUCUUGAACAAUCAUCAUUUAUUCGAAAAAAA